GUUUCCUAGCAGCCAUGGCGAUCGUACUGAUUCUUUUGAGCAUCAUAAUUACGCUCUUGAUAAGCAGAGUGAUAAGAGAUCUCUUCAAGCUUAAGGGUAUUCCUGGACCAUGGGAACUUCCCUUCCUAGCAGAGUUGAGAAUGAUCUUACUCCCAUUCACCGUACUUUAUCCAGUUCUUCAGAAAUAUAUUGAAGACUAUGGAGGAGUGUGCGCAAUUUACAGAACUGGACGGGUCUAUGUCAUGCUUUCUGAACCUGAAACUGUUGAGCCAGUGCUCAGCAGUUAUAACCAUAUUAAAAAAGGUGACUAUGAUUACGCAUUUUUAAGACCAUGGCUAAGAGAUGGGCUUUUACUUAGUGAUGGCAGCAAAUGGCGAAACAGAAGAAAACUUCUUACUCCUGCAUUCCAUUUCAAGAUUUUGGAAGAUGGAAUGAAGUGUCUUACUGAAAAAUCUGAAGAAAUAACUGAAAAACUACUAGCAACAAAAGGAGAACCUACGGAUCUGGAAGAUAUCAUUCGUUCAUCCACUCUUGGGGCUAUUCUUGAGACUGCAAUGGGUGUACCAUCAAGUGAUGCAAAUGGGUAUCAGCAACAUCAGCAAGAAUAUCAGAGUAAAAUAAAGGGAAUUACAGAAUCUAUAAUGAGGAGGUAUUACAGACUUUGGAAACAUAUUGAAAGUCUCUAUCGUCUAUCAAGUGAGGGCAAGGAAUUUUUUAAUGAUGUUAAUAGACUUCAGUUGUUUACAAAAAAGGUUAUUAAAGACAGAAAGCAGCUUUAUUUAAUUGAAAGGGAUUCCAAACCAGGAGAUAAAAAAAGUAAGAUAAAACCAUUCUUGGAUUGCCUUAUUGAGUUGAAUGUUUCUACUCCAGGAGCUAUUAGUGAAGAUGGAAUAGCUGAAGAAGUGGAUACUUUCAUGUUUGAAGGACAUGAUACUACUGCAUCAGCUUUGAAUUCAGCACUGUUUCUUCUUGCAAAUAAUCCAAUUGAGCAGGAAAAAGCGGCAGAAGAACAAAUGGAAAUUUUUGGUGAUGACAACAGAGUACCUUCAACACAUGACCUUAAUAAAAUGGAAUAUUUAGACAUGGUAAUAAAAGAGGUAUUACGACUUUAUCCCAGUGUUCCAAUAAUAACACGAUCUUUGACUGAAGAUCUCAAAAUAAAUGAAAGCAUAACUGUCCCAGCAGGAUGUAUCGCAGCUAUUAUGCCCUAUUUCGUUCAUCGAUCAGCGAAGCAUUGGGAUAAUCCUGAAGAAUUCAGACCUGAACGUUUUGAUACUGGAAUUUCUCGACAUCCUUUUUCUUUUAUUCCUUUUUCAGCUGGGCCAAGGAAUUGUAUAGGACAAAAAUUUGCAAUGAUGGAAAUGAAAACAAUGCUCUCAGCAAUAUUGAGAAAGUGUAAAUUGGAACCAGUAACAACUUCAUUUGAAAUCAUACCUACAGUUGUACUUAAGAGUGAUCAACCAAUACUAAUUAAAGUCCUACCACGAAAAUAAUUAGUUAAUAUAAUUCUUUGUCUUUCAUUUUUAUACGUUCUAGAUAGCUAUUAUUAUUUAAAAACAAAUGUAUAUUUUAAUAAAAUAAAAUUAUGGAAAUUGAUAGCUUUA